ACAGUAAGCAUGUGUGUGUGAGAGAGGGCUCACGUUCGUUAGCUUUAGCUGUGUGAAGGGAUCUGAUUUGGACAUUCAACAGGAAUGGCAGAGCCGCCUGUGGUGAUCCUCCCGCAGUGUAUGAGUAGCAGGUAGUGACGGUGCAAAAGAAAUGUUGUACCGCUACGUACAAUGAAGAAGAUAUUUAGCUUUACUAAGAAAAAGAAAUACCCAUCUGGUACCCCUGACAAUGGGAGUGUGCUUUCUGUGGGCUAUGAUCUGAAGGACAAGGACCUAGGAAAGGUUCACAAAGCUGCAUCUGUAGGUGAUUUGGCAAAGUUGAAGCAGCUUGCCAAGAAAAGUGAUAUCAACCAGCUUGAUAAAGAAAACAGAACAGCACUUCAUAUUGCUUGUGCAAGUGGACAUGUUGAAGUGGUGCAGUUCCUCGUUGAGAGCAAAGCCAAGCUUAACCUAUGUGACAAUCAGAAUCGAUCCGCCUUAAUGAAGGCGGUGCAGGGCCAACAUGAGCGCUGUGUUAAUAUACUUCUGGAAAAUCAUGCUGAACCAGAUCUCAUAGACAUCAAUGGGAACACAGCCUUACAUUUGGCCGCAAAUAUCCCAUCUAUCUCCACCGCCCGCUUGCUACUAGAACAUGAGGCUGAUCUCAAUGCCCCAAACAAGGAGGGGUUCACACCGUUGAGUGUUGCAGUCCGUGAGGAUCAUAUAGAGAUGGCUGAGUUUCUAUUAAAAGAAGGUGCUGAUGUGAACUUUACUGGUCAAGAAGAAAGGUCCCCACUAAUGAUGGCUGCUGGCAAUGGGCAAAUUGCUAUGUUGCGACUGCUCUUGCGCUAUGAUGCAGAUAUUACACUAAAAGAUUCCAAAGGAUGGUCAGCAGAUGACUAUGCAGUAAUGAAUGGGCAUCAUCCUUGUUCUCUUCUUAUCAUUGAGCAUGGUACCCAAAAGAAUGAUGGUUCCUCCCUCUUACAUCAAGAUGGAAGCAAGAAGAAGAAAAAAAUACUGCUGGGCAGUCCUUCCCAAGAUGCUGAAGCAGGCUUCUCUUUAGGCGGACCAGCCACUGACAAAGAUGAGCAUGGAUCAAAUGAAGCAGGGAGAGAUUUUGAGGAUAACUCUCAGUCUGAGUCACUUAGCCGGGUAUCAAAAAGUGCUGCUGAUGAGUGGCCUUCAUCUGAUAAUGAUGAAGAAUCAGUUUCAAUUGAAAAGAAACCACAGAAGGUGAACCUUAGGAAAAUGAUUGCAACUAAAAAAGGAGAAGCAGACCAUGGAGCUGAGCAGGGGAAAAGAAAACGUUCUGAGCAGCCUUCAAGUAGUAAAGCAAAAUCAGAGGGAAGUCCAGAGGCGGAGAAUUCUGAGGAAGAAGAAGAAGAGGAGGAAGAUGAUGAUGAAGAGGAUGAUGAGGAGGAAGAGGAGGAGGAGGAGGAAGACGAUGAUGAAGAGGAGGAGGAUGACGAGGAAGAGGAUGAAGAAGAAGAUGAAGAGGAUGAAGAAGAGGAAGAUGAAGAGGAUGAGGGUGAAGAAGAUAAUGAAUGUGAGGAAGAUAAUGACAAAUGUGUGGCAUCUGUUGAGACCGCUGGUUUUGAAGACAUACCAAAACCAUCUCCCGUGAGUAACCUUAAGAAAACUAACAGUGCUAAUACUCAAAAGAUAAGUAACACUGACAACCUUAAAAGCCAUGUUUCCAGUCUGGACCAUGCACCUGUGGGCGAGAGCGUAAAUGCCUCUGAGAAUGCUGCCAAAACAGAAACUCAAACUGAUGACAGUGACCGUCCAGUUGAAACAUCACAUUAUGCAAUCCCAGUCACAUUGGGAAUAGAAGAGGACUGCAUUGUGUCGGCCAUAAGGGUCGAAUCUAAAUUUUCUGAUGAAGAUGACAGCGUUGGGAAGGAAUGUAUGUGGACGUCGGGUAAAAAUGUAAAGUCAGGCCGAGGUUCAGCCGGCAGUUCUAAAACAUCCAACAAAAAAACUCUUUCACCAAUUAAGCCUGAGGAGAAGUCUGACAAAGAGAUGGAAAAGGAUGAUGAUGAAAAUGACGAUGACUUGUGGAGCAAAAAAGAAGAUACUGGUGACACUGUGUGGAAUGAUAGUGACGAUGAAGAAAAUCAAACAGGCGGACUGGGUCGUAACACAGUACUUGCUAAGCUAAGGAAUAUAUCACCUGAACAUAGCCAUUCUGAUGUUGAAGAUGUAUCAAAUGAAGAAGGAGAAAAAAAACGUAGGUCCUCAUGGGGUUCUUCAUUAGACAGUGACACAGACUUAGCCAAUGAUGAUCAGGGAAACGAAAAGAUUCCAGAGCAGAAAAGAGAUCUUAAAGCAACAAAGCUGUUUUCAGAAGACGCAUUACCUCAACCAAACGAGGACCACCAUGAUACGUCACGGGACACUCCUAGAUUAUCAUCCUCAAAAUGUGUCUCACCUCAGCGCGUGAUGGGUAAAUCUAUGUCACCUUCAAAGUUAAGUUCAGCAAGCUCUCCUCGGUCACUAACGACACCAGCGAAAGCAGCUGCAGAUGAGUCUGAUUGGGAUUCUUCAUCUGAAAAUCAUGACGUAAAAUACAGCCGUUCCCCUAAUAAAAAGGGGCCACUGUCAGCGGUAUCUGGAGAAGAUGCUGGAAAAGUAACUAGAGAGCCACUGGGUUCUGCUGCCUCCUUUAGUAAGAAAGUUCAAGACACUCAAAGGAAGAAGUCACAUGACCCCUCACCUACAGCAUCACCAGCAAAGCAAAAACUACAAGACUCAGAGAAUCCAAAAGAUGAUGACAAUAGUUGGGAUGAUGAUGAAGAUGACAGUAAUCAGGAAUGCAUGCCUACUUUUUCCAGUCAAAGUAAAGGACAGCAGUCACAAAAAACUGGAAAAGAUCUCUCCAAAUUUCGAAAAACUAAAGGAAGUAAAGACAAUAAAAAUAUCCCUCUGUCUGUGAUUGACGGUAAUGAUGAUUUCCCAGAGACAAGAGGACUGGAGGAAGAAAAACCUGUAGGUGUGAAGAAAGGUGAUCCAAGUAAAGAUGAGACAGAUGAGGAUUCUGACAGCAUGGAUGAAAAGCUACAGUACGAUUUUGUCAGUUCAACAAUGAAACUGUCUGAUGUAGGAGAUGACUCUGUACGUAAAGGUCAUAAGUUAGAAAAAGAACAGGAGGCUAGAUUAAUUUCUUAUGUUCCAUUACAAACUCGAAGUGCCAUCGCUACUAAAACAACAGUGUCAGUUGCCAAGCUUAGGGAGGUGUUUUCCCGCCCACUCACCAAAGACAGUGGUCCAGCUGGUCAGCAGACCGAUUCAGAUGGGAACACAUUUUCUGAUGAAGCACUACCUCAAACUGACAUUGAUGAUGUUGAUAUAGAUUCACCUGAUGAGAGUUUAGGCAUGAAAUGUCCAGAGAUCAGGAACACUGAAGAGUAUCCCAAGCAGAAAGAUGAUUCCACUGAGGAUGAGGAUGAUCAGAAUGAUGAAAAAGAUGACAAGGAGGACGAUGUCUCCGAGGACGAUGAACAACCUGAAGAGAGUGGAGACUCACGUGAUGCCAUUUCACCCAUUCCUGAGGGAGAAGUCUGUAAAGAUAAGAAAAGAGAUUUCCUUUCUGAGCUGGGUCUGGACAGAGGAGACGAAGGGGAGCAGGAAUCUUGGGACUCUGAGUCCGGAUCAGAAAAUCCCAAAUUACAACAUGAAGAGAAUCAAAGCGUACUCACUAAGGAUCAAGAAGAGAUACCCACUGUUAAAGAAGACAAUAAAGAAACUGUCAGCAGCAGUAAGGCAGAUAAUGGAGGAGCAGAGGUUGAUAAAGAUGAUACUACGCAGAGAGAGACCGAAAAGGCAAAAUGGGAACCACUUUUAAGCAAACUUGAAGGAGGGAGUGACAGAAAGACAGACUUAAUGGAGGAGCUUGGUUUGGGUGAUGUUGAUGAUCUUGAAGCUCAAAAAGCAGAUGCAUCAGACUGGGACUCAGCCAGUACCACCAGUAAAAGAACUCUGCCUGGUCGCAGAGUUGCUUCACCUGGACUUGAGGAGUUCCCAGAAUCCUUCAGUUCCCCAAUUAAGGAGGAAGGGGAAGGCAAUUUUCCAACAUCAACCCUUACACCACAGAGCAGCAUCAAGUCUAACAAGAGAUCCCUCCCCACACUCUCUCAAAUGGCCCCUCACCCCCAGCCUCGUGCAAGGAAGAUGGUGCCUCAGAAACCAGAGAGUCAAGAAGACUCUGACUGGGAAUCAGACGAUUUAAUGUCUCCUUCCAAAACAGAGAAACCUGACAAUCACUCACAAGAAACAGUUCAUCAACAGGCAGAGAUUAGACCAGAUUCUGCUGAGCUCACACAAAGAUGCAGUGAAGGUCAUGUAGAGGCUGAAGAACAGCAGCAGAAGAUUGGCAAAGGCACAGCAAAGACUUCAUUGAGGGAGCAAAAAUCAAGUGCUUCCUGGGAUACUGGCGGAAUUGCAUCAGAGGAUGUGGGUGCUGAGAAACUUGAGACCAUGUUAGGAUGCAGAAAAGAGAUGUCAAGUCAAACAGCUCUGCUGGAGCAGCAGCCUGCGGACAUAAAAAGCACCAAUGGAGCACCAGUGCAAUUGCAGCUCCCCCUCCAGCAGACCUACAUUAAGAACAAACAGGAUGUGCAAGCUGUAGAGGAGACCAUACAGCUGGAGCUGGUCAGAGGGGCCCAGCGCAGCAGAGCCCCUCAGACCAACACCCACAUUAAUGGAGAUCCUCUCUCUGUGUUUGACGAUACUUCUUUAAGUGAAGUGUCUGACGAUGAAGGAAGAAUGCCGACAGAAAUAAAACAGAAAAAUGAGAGUCCAGACGAGGUGGAGAUGGCAGAAGACUUUGAUGAACUCACCCAGUCCUCAGACACAGCCACAGAUGACCUUGACUCUCCCACGGCAGGCUAUCGCCAUGCAUCUCUACUCAUUCAGAAGUUGGACUCUGCCACUUUAGACUCCAGGAGCAUGGUAAAGCUGCAGAACAUUUUCCAUGAGUAUGAGCGCUCCAUCCAAAAGCUUAAAAGCCGGCAUGGGUACCUAGCAGACAAAGUAAGUCAGCUGGAAAUGGAGCGGGUGGAGCUGAAGAGCUCUCUGGAUGAAAUGAAGGAUGUUAAGUCUGCAUUAGAGCGCAAUCAGCUGGAGUUGCAAACGGAAGUCACAAAUCUAAAAUUUCAGCUCAAACAAGAGCAGGAAAAUCGCCGCAAUGCCACUAUGAUGUACAACACCACCAAAGAUAAGCUGAAGAGGACAGAGGAGCACCAACAGUUUGAGGUUCAGGAGAGACAGAAGGUGGAGCUCACUCUCAGGAACUUGGAGCUGGAGAUGAGGACACUGGUUAACAAUAUGAAACAGCUUGAGGAAGACCACAGUGAGACCCAGAGGCUGCUGGCCCAGGAGCGGAGUGCACGAGCCUUGCAGGAAAACCUGCUCAGUAGCCAUCUUCGUAAACAGCAAGAGAUUGAGGAGGAGAGCAAAAGAAACAUAAGCAGAAGCAACGAGGCCUUAACUCAGCUCACUGAGGCCAGUGACAGGGAGAAGGAGCUACUUCAGCAGACUGCUACUUUACAAGAACAGUUGACCAUCCUGAGAGCAGAUCUGGAGCGUUCACAAGCAAGCAGCAGCCUUAAAGAAAGCCACCUCUUGGAGGAGAAUGAGGGCCUCAAGGAACACCUAGAAGACGCUCGACGAGAUCUCAAACUCAACAGUGAAGCUCUGACCCAGACAGUCUUCAACUGCAAUAAUCAACUGACAGGCUUAAAAUCUGAAUUGACUAAAAUGACAGCCCAGUUGGAAAAUGAGCGACAAAACCGUGAAGCACUGGAGACAGAAGUUGAAUCAGUUCGUACCCGCCUGGCUGGGGCUGUACAGGAGGCUGAGCGUUGCCUGGCUGCCCACGCAGAUACUGAGAAAGCUCUGCUGCGGGAAAAGGAAGAGACCCAGCGCCUUAAAGACAGGCUUACAGGUGAAGCAGUCAACCAACGGGACACAGUCAGCAGCCUGUCCCAGAAACUGUCCAAAGCAGAGGCACAGACAAACAGCAUGGAGAAUGAAGUUCAUCGGGUCACACUGCAGCUGACAGAGAAGGGACUACUGCUGGACGUCCUGCAGAGAGAGAAGGACCAGGCAGCUGCACGUGUCAAAGAGCUAGAAACUCUUCUGCAGGCUGAAAAAGAGCUGGUCACCCGGGCUGGUGCACGCCAUGAAGCCACACAGGAGCGGCUCGCCCAGGCCCAGAGUGAAGUUAUGUUACUACGGCAGCAGUUAGAGGAGGCCCAAAACAAAGGAGAUGCAAAGGAGCGUGCUGUGACAGAUGCUCAAGAGCGCUUCAGUGACAUUCUGGCCAAGUUGAGAUCGGACUGUGAAGAGAGGGUCCAGUUAGUAGAGGAGAGAAAUAAGGAGCUGGCCAGUAAGGCUGCUGAUCUACGAGAUCAGAUCUACAAGUUAGAAGAGGAAAAGAAUGAAAGAGAGACCAGUCUGAGGCAGAUGCAGCAGGAGUUAGCAGACUCACUGAAGAAGCUGUCAAUGAGUGAAGCUUCUCUGGAGGUGAACACACGCUAUCGCAGUGACCUGGAGGAAGAGAAGGGCCGUUUCCUUAAAGACAUUGACAGACUCAAGGGAAAGCUGGAAGAAAGUGAAGACCAGUAUGUGCAGGCCGAGAAACGAAUUAACGCUCUGAAGACCAGUCUGGAUGAAAGGGAGAAGGAACUCACCACUGCUGCUCACAAACUCCAGGAGGCACUGUCAGCCUCAGCAGUUUCUGAUACUACCAUCAAACAGCUGGAGGAAGCUGUGCAGAAGCUGGAGAUAGAGAAUGCCAGGCUGGAAGCUGCUGCAAAGCAACAGUCCAACAAAAUAGAUGCUCUACAGAAAGGGGCUCAGGAGGCUGCCAUGCCAUCUGACUGCACACCUGGAGGAGGGGUCAGAGGUCAUUUGGAGGACUUGGUUACAAACCUCCAAAGCAGUAAGAUGACUUUGGAAGACCAACUCAGUAGAGAGGUCCAGAAGCAGAGCAUGCUGUCCCACACGGCUCAGGACUCACAGGCCUUAUGGGAAGAGGAGCUGAAAAGUCGUUCAAAGUUAGGACUACGCCUGGCAGAGCUUGAAAAAGAAAAAGGAGAACUUACCUCACAGAUGGAAAUAGAAAAGAAGAAGGCGAAAAAAAUAGCAGAGCAGAAGAAGUCCGUAGACUCCCGCCUGGAGCAGGAGAUGAACAGAAACACAGAGCUUCAAAAAGAAAUGUACAGGUUGCGAACUCUGCUGAAGACUGCAAAGAAGAAACUACGGGAUCAGGACAUGGGCGGAGCUGAGUUUGGCUCUCCUAUGGGCAGUCUAAGGAUGGACAUGGGCAGAUACAGCCAGGCUGACGGGAGAAUGAAAGAAAAGGUGGACGAUCUGCAGAUGCAGCUGGAGAGAGAAACAUCGCGUCGCAGUCAGUUAGAGAAGGCCAAUGAUGAGCUUAAGGAUCAGCUCGCCUCCCUGAAACGCUCCAAUCACAGUAGUGAGCAGCUGGAGAGGAGCAAGCAUCAACUGGAGGAGGAGUUACUGGACCUGAGACGCCGACUGGAGGCCGCCCAGGCAGAGCAGAACCAGGUGGACCAUGUCCGCCGUGAUGCAGAGGACAGGGCCCGGCAGGAGAUACAACAGAAGUUGGAGCAGGUCAACCUCUUCCUGCAGACUCAGGCGGCUUCCCAAGAAGCACUGGAUCAGAUUAAAGCGGCCAAUGAGGCUAACCUGCGCUCCCAGCUGGAACACAAAAUCCGGGAGCUGGAGAAUGAACUGGGCCGGGUUCGCUCCACCCAGCAGGACAGCCUCAACCAAAGAGAGAUGACACGCACAGAACUAGACCGAUACCGCCAACUCUACGGGGAGGAACUGCGCCUCCGCAAGUCUCUGGCUGCCAAAUUAGAAAGAUCCAAUAGUCGGCUCUCAGACGCCAAUUCCAAGUUGCUCAGCGAACGCAGCAGGUCUCUUAUUGCCAGCAGCUUUGCAAACAGUAGCCUGGGAGGGCCCUCGCUGGACAGGGGCUCCCUGGGACCCCUUAACAGGAGUCUAGGCCUGGGACUGUCCCUCCUGAACCCUGUGAGCGAGGGACAGAGCAGCAGGGUGGAGGACUACCUCGCAAAGAUGCAAAGUGAGUUGGACAGAAACAUCUCGAAGGAAUUAAGCAACGCCACGGCAGAGCUGGACGUCGCUUCAGCCCGGAUGUCCCCAGUGGGCUCUGCCUCCCGGGUGGAUUUGGACCCUCUCAGCAGAGCGAAGCAGCAGUACUUGGAGGUACUGAAGAAGAACCACAGGAUCUGAUCAUGGCUGCUCACCAAUGCUCGUCUUUAAGGCCAGGACUUGGCUCACUGCCCAGUAAAUACACACUGGUGUGUGACUGGUACUCGGUAUCAGUUCAUAUCAAAGCCUGGGAAUCAGUAUCAGCCCUGACAAACACAGAUCAGCGCAUGUCUACCCAGAGCUGCACAGUGAGCCCAUAAAUAAAGCUGGAAAAGGAACUGCACAGCUUUUAUCUACCAUCGCCUCCUGGCUUUAGGUGUCAUUAAAAACACACACAGAGCUCAGAUCAGCCUUUAUUUUGUCUCUUAAUGCAGAUAUUUUACACUAAAAGACAGAGAAGACUGACAUGGAGUCACAACACUCCCAUCAACUGAGAGAGACAUUUUAAGUAUUUAACAGAUAAUAUUUUGGAUUAAUCAAAUGAAUUAGACAGAUUUCCCAGAAUAAUGUCAGACAUUACGAAACUUUAAUAUUAACUGCUUCAGAACACUAAGGCCAAAGAAACCGCCCUUUCGUAAAAAAAAAAAAAAAACACCCAGAAAGUUUCUUAUGUCAUGUUCUCUCCCUCCUUAGAAAGGAACUAAUGCACAUUGCACUUAA